UUAUGGUAUGCAAAAUUUAACUAACGAGCGCACUCCUUUUCACUAUACCCUUGAUUUGCUUCCAAGGUUUUGCUUUUUCCAAGUGCCAACAACUCAUUUGUAGACAGGUUAAGCGAAAAGCAUUGAUUUUUGAGCUUUUCGCAAGUAUCAAUAUACGGUCUUUUCAAGCAUUUCGUGGUACUUGUAUUCUUUUUGGUAAACGGGUUGUUAGAAGAAAAAUGGCGGAUUUAUCGAGGAGCGUUCCUUUUGACCGCAGUCAAUUUGAGGAAUUGAUGAAGAAGCGUUUCUUCUUUUCUCCCUCAUUCCAAAUAUAUGGUGGUAUUAGUGGUCUUUUCGACUAUGGCCCUCCUGGUUCUGCAUUGCAAACCAAUAUUGUCGACUUGUGGAGAAAACACUUCAUUAUUGAGGAAAGUAUGUUGGAAGUAGACUGUUCCAUGCUUACUCCUCAUGAUGUUUUAAAAACUAGUGGUCACGUUGACAAGUUUUGUGACUGGAUGUGCAAAGAUCCUUCCACUGGUGAGAUCUUCCGUGCUGACCAUUUAGUUGAAGAAGUUUUGGAGGCUCGUUUGAAGGGUGACAAGGAAGCUCGUGCUAAAGAAACGGGUGCUACAAAUGUCGCUGUUCAAGAAGAAUCCGAAGACAAAAAAAAGCGCAAGAAAAAGGUGAAGGAGAUUAAGGUCACUCGCCUCGACGAUGAAACCGUACGUGAAUAUGAAUUUAUCCUUGCUCAAAUUGACAAUUAUGAUGGUGAACAACUCAGUGAUAUCAUGAAGAUUCACGAUAUUCGUAAUCCCGCUAACAACGGUGAACUCGAAAGUCCUCGCCAAUUCAAUUUGAUGUUCCAAACCCAAAUUGGUCCUAGUGGAGGUUUGCAAGGUUACCUUCGUCCUGAAACUGCUCAAGGUCAAUUCUUGAACUUUAACCGUCUACUUGAAUUCAACAAUGGUAAGGUUCCCUUCGCUAGUGCUAUGAUCGGUAAGGCUUUCCGAAACGAAAUCUCUCCUCGUAGCGGUCUUUUGCGUGUUCGUGAAUUUUUGAUGGGUGAAGUAGAGCACUUUGUUGAUCCUCAAAACAAAGAACAUGAUCGUUUUGAUGAGGUUGCUCAUAUUCCUCUUCGUCUUUUACCUAAAUCUGUUCAAGCUGAAGGCAAGAGCGAAGUGGUAGAAAUGACUAUUGGUGAAGCUGUUAAGAAGGGUAUUGUCGACAAUACCACUUUGGGCUACUUCAUGGCUCGUAUUAGUCUCUUCUUAGAAAAAAUCGGUAUUGAUAUGUCUCGUCUUCGUUUCCGUCAACAUAUGAGCAACGAAAUGGCUCAUUAUGCUUGUGAUUGCUGGGAUGCCGAAAUCCAGUGUUCAUACGGAUGGAUCGAAUGUGUUGGUUGUGCAGACCGUAGUGCCUACGAUUUGACAGUUCACAGCAAAGCUACCAAGACUCCUUUGGUUGUUCAAGAAGCUCUUCCUGAACCCAUCGUUCUCAACGAGUAUGUUGUUGAGGUUAACAAGAAGAAGUUCGGACCUCGCUUCAAGCGUGAUGCCAAGGUUGUUGAAGAAGAAAUGCUCAGUUGGACUCAGGAAGUCAAGGAAGCUAAGAGUGCCCAGUUGGCUUCUCAAGGUAAAGUUACUGUCGUCGCCAACGGUGUCGAGCACCAAGUGGAUGCCGAGCUCGUCACUAUUGAGAAACAACAACGUAAAGAGCAUACCCGUACUUUUACACCCAACGUUAUUGAGCCUUCCUUUGGUUUGGGUCGUCUCUUAUAUUGCCUUAUGGAACACAGCUUUUGGGCUCGUCCUGAAGACACUCAACGUGGUGUUUUGUCGUUCCCGGCCGUUGUUGCUCCCAUCAAAGCUCUCAUUGUUCCAUUGAGCCGUAACGCUGAAUUCAACCCUGUCGUUCGUAAAUUAUCUGCUAAGCUUCGUAGUUUGGGUGUUUCAAACAAAGUUGACGAUUCCAAUGCCAAUAUUGGCCGUCGAUAUGCUCGUAACGAUGAGCUUGGUACCCCAUUUGGCUUGACCGUUGAUUUUGAAACUCUUGAAAAUGGUUCUAUCACUCUUCGUGAGCGUGAUACUACUAAGCAAGUUCGUGGUACCCAAGAGGAGAUUAUCAAUGCCCUUGUAGCAUUAACCGAGGGUAAAAUGCUGUGGAACGACGCUGUGGAGAAGUUUGGUGAGUUCAAUGCUACUCAGGAGUAAGCGGUUUGCUCUGAAUAGUUUUAUGUUUUGGGUAAAUACUAGUAAUAUUUGAACUAUAAUAGUUUAACUAUUUGUAUAAAUUUUUUUCAAUUUCGUGUAUAUAUGAUAUUCAUCAUUUGAUAAUUGUUUGCAAC